GCUCAGCGACGAGCACAUCGAUGGUCGUAAUUAGGAUAACUAUCGCCUGAAUACGCAGAACGUAGGCCGUGAUCGCGAGGAGUCGCGAGGCGCACCGGAAGCGAAGCGCGAAAUCGCAUCCUCGCGGCACCGAGCUGAGCGGAGCCGAGCCGAGCCGAAUCGAAAACGGAAACGAAAACGGAAGCGGCAGCGUCGAUCCGAGGGACGCGUAAUCACCACGUCACGGCGGGGCAAAUGUUCUCAACGAGCUUUCGCGAGAUCCCGCCGCCGAGCAGCGCACCCGAGAGAAAUCGCCGGCAUCGUCGCCGGUGCGCUUCCGGUAUCGCCGAUCGGGCUACCGUCGCGAUGAAGUGAGCACCGCCCAGGUCGGCUCGUUGGCUCCUGCGACGAUGCAGCUCGCAAUCGUCGGCUUCGCCCGCAUUCAAGCGCCGAGGACGUAAUCGAUAGCGUUCGUCGCUAGCGUGCCGUCUCGGGUCAACUGAUCUGAGCCGAGGCAAAAGAUACCGGAAGCGGGAGAGUACCUGCCGAGAAUAGAGAUACGUUUAAAGGGAAUAGAUCGGGGUCGGGAGACAAGGUUGCGACGGCGACUCCGACGACUCCGACGACGGCGGCGGCGGCGAGAACGGGAACGGAAGUGAUGACGACGAUGACGAUGGCGACGGGGCGGUAAUUAAACGCUAAGGGUCGCAAUAUAGAACGAACGAACAGUGUGCGGUGAAGCGACGCUGUGGCGUUGGUAGCCUUCGCAUAUAUUACCGUACGUACACACACGGGGUAAAUGCACACGAGCGCACAAGUAUACAGGCGAGACGUGCAAAUAAAUUUUAAUAUUGUGAUACGCAUACGUAACUGUAAGCGCGCGGGCGUGUCGGUCGGCGAGCAAUAAGAGCAGUAGAAAAAAAAAGAUACUGCACGUGUCACGUACGCGCGCGCGCGCGUGCUGUCCGGGUCGGUGAAUCCCAGUUCACGACUGUGUUCGAAAGAGCUCGUUAGUCGCUAAGCCGAUCGACGAGAUUACGCUUAUCUCACCGGGACCGAGUCGGGAAAAGAGUGCGACGACAACAUGGCGUUCGCCGCGGCGAGGAUGAUCCUCAAGGACAAGCGCAGGAAACCUAGCAAAGAGGACUUCGCACCGCGAAAUAGAAGCAAGGCUCGCAGCGCCAGCACAAGUAGCUUUAGAAGCCUGAGCCAGGCACGCAACAAACCGGCGGAUGGCGUGGGUCAUGUAAACCAAAAAGGUGCUUCCGGUCAGAAAGCGCCGGCGGCUGGUCAGAAGGUCGCGCCGGGCGCUAAGGGCACGCCGAAGGGGUCGGCCCAGAAGCCGUCGGCCCAGAAAGGCCAAGUGAAAGUGACACCCAAGGCGGCCUCCGUCAAGACCGGCAAAAACAAGAAGAAGGGACAACGACAACAAUAUGAUCUCAUCGUCACCAUUAACCUGUCCGAGUAUGGACUCACAGAAGACCAGGUAGCAGAAUUCAAAGAAGCAUUCAUGCUCUUCGACAAGGACGAAGAUGGCACGAUUACGAUGGCGGAAUUAGGGGUCGUUAUGCGGUCUCUCGGUCAAAGACCAUCGGAGACGGAACUGCGCGAUAUGGUGAACGAAGUGGAUCAGGAUGGCAACGGCACCAUCGAGUUUAACGAAUUCCUGCAGAUGAUGUCGAAGAAGAUGAAGAGCGCCGACGGGGAGGACGAGCUUCGCGAGGCGUUCCGAGUGUUCGAUAAGAACAACGACGGCUUAAUAUCCUCGAAGGAGCUGCGACACGUAAUGACGAAUCUCGGUGAGAAGCUGUCCGAAGAGGAGGUCGACGAUAUGAUUAAGGAGGCGGAUUUAGAUGGCGACGGAAUGGUCAACUACGAAGAAUUCGUGUCGAUCCUGAUGUCGAAAAAUUAGUUCGGGGAUCGAAGGAAGGUAUAGAUAUUCGGAGAUGCCCGAGGCAACGGGAGGACUCACGACGGAGAAAAAGAGAAAUGGAUCCGCCACUCAAGUUCCUCGACUUCGUAGGAUCGUAACGAGAAGUCGUCUCAUGCCCGGCGGAACCACCGCAUCCCCAGGGCCGUCGAGGGAACGAUCAGGAAGCUCAUCGACCGCGGCGAUAGUACGGCGCUGCGAGAUCGCGGAAGCGAAAUCGCGCGAUUUCGAUCGCGCGGAACAUACCAAUUUUACUCUAUAUAUAUAGCUAAGGCUUCGCGAGCGAUGUGUCGAAGGUUUCGCGCGUAAGUAGCGCAGGUAGAGAAUCGGGGAAGGCAUCCGGGAGGUCCCUGGCUCCUCGAGCGGGACGCGCGAGUCUCGGUCGCGCGAGAGUAGCGAAUCUUCGGCUUUACGACCGGACAACCGAGAGGAGAGACUUUCUUCCGCGAAUUUUGCACAUAUUACGUACACGCAUUAUAUACACAGAUACACCUCGCGCUCCUUCGGACUAAUCUUAGACGAGUACUUGAAGUUUUUAGGUAUAACGGUAACGUACGGUAAAAUAAAAGAAAAACAGAGAACAUAUGUCCAAACGACGGGGGAGGGAGGCGCGACCCGGAACAAUCAACCGAGCUUCGUUUAGACUUUUACGUACCCCUAAUCUUUAUCUCCCCUCCGGUAAUUUUACGGAGCGGGCGACAAUUUAGAAGUUACCUAGCUUUCCACGCCCCUUUGAGCGCCCCCGCGAGACAGUCCUGAAGUAUAUACUAGUAUACACGAUAUGUUAACGUAAUAUAUAUAUACAUAUAUACGUAUGUUAUAAUAUUAUUAUUAUACGAUAUUCCUUUUGCGUCGCUCGUUUCCUUAGAACGCGACGCGCACGAAAGGUACCCGUACUUGGAGUGUUUUUACCGCUUGUACUACACGCAGAACGCGCGCAAAUGUAGUGACACACAGGUAACAAUACACACGUCUCCCGUCCUUGCCGUCGCCCUCUCAUCGCCAUCACUUCCUCGAUUGUUAGUAACUUUAGAGCGGGCACGCCGACACGCCGAAGAGUCGAGAUGUUGACACCCUGGCGCUUUCGCACGUAGCGUCAACUGACCGAUAGUCCGCGGUGGCGCGUUUCCGUAAUCAAUCGCCGAGUCGAGUGGACCGAGUGCCCUGGUUGAAGGUGUGUCUCGGAAGAGCCGGCAGUCUGAGCGUUUUUCACGUUAUUCCUAUGGGAACAAUUUCAAGCGGAGCGGCUGCCACCGUAGGACCGUACGAGACUCGGAAAGACCGUUCGUACGGUGUUCAAUUCUUCAUUACCGGAGGAACAAAUCUAACGACCUGAACGGGCUCGUUGGUGAAGCCUCGGACGGAGCUGAUGCCGCGACAAUCCCUCGUUAGACACCCAAACGACCAUAGUUGCCAUUGUGAUAGUUAACAGGUGCCUAUGGUCGUUAGGUACGUGGCGGUGGCUUUUUAGCAGAGACGCACAAAGAGAAAAGGCAGCUUCUCUUGCGCGGGGACAAUUCAACCAGGGUGAUUAACGCGCGAGCACCCCUUCGUACGCGGACACGGCGGGCUCGUGUGCGUCGCGGUCCCUCAGAGGAUGACAAAUGUGGCGCGACGUGUCCUCCGCUGUCGCGCAAUCAGCACCGCUCGCCGCUCGCGUCGUCGGGUUCAGGAGCGCGCGCGAGCUACGUGCGGAUUAUGUCGCGGUAUGUAUGUACCUUUAGACGUGUUACGUAAGAGAAAAGAAGAAAACGAGCCCCGCGCGUUAGCACGCGCGACGUAGACCCAUAGGUAGCACCUAGCGACUCCCAUAGUGACAGAUGGAGGAAAAGGCGGUCGCGAGUAUAAACGAGCUGUGUACACGUGGAUUAUUAUAUACUAUACGUGAUGCUGUGUUGCUAUGUUGAGGCAAGAGAAGAGAAAACAUUCGUAAAAUACAUUGUAGAUAGUCAUAUAUAUAUACAUAUGUGUAUAUAUACACGUAUAUUUAAUACACUGUAUGUACAUACGUCCUCUCCGCCGCCCGCGCUCCACACACAUACACGCCCGCACGCUCGCGCACGCACGCACGCACCCACGCACGCACGCAUGCACGCGCGCGCAUUCCGACCCGGCACGAGACGGAAGUUGAAAAACGCGCGCGACUGGCAGCGCGAGAGGGACGAGAGGGUCAAAGUGAUAAUAGAGCGAGCGUACUAUCAAUCGGAGUAAUUCCGUUUCAUUUUCUGCGCGUCCAUUGUUCUCUGGAAUCUUUCAUAGAUUGUUCUGUUGUUCUAUUAUUUUAUUGAAUUUUCUAUUACGAUUUAUAUUAUACGCGAACGAGUAACGGAACCUACGUGAUUCUUCUGCGCGUUUGUCUUCUUAAACGUACCGACUGUAACACGUGAGCGAAAGAUUGGAUCUCCGACAAAGAACAUUUACAAAUUGAUGAACGAUAUCGGUUACUACUUGAAGAGGCAUCUAAACUGAUGAAGUAAAAUAAGCUGUAGUGGAAUUUUUCCACAUAAUGAUUAUACAGUUUCUUUCGUCGGGUUUGCAAGAGUAAAAAUACGAAACACCGUGUUAAGCGAAAAUUUAAGGUAACAAUUUAAAGAGAAAAGAUAGAAUAAUUAUUCUAAAUUGCUUGCAUCGUUAAAUAACAUCGACUAAAUCAAUAAAAUGUGGAAACAAACUGUUACCACAGAAUAAUAUAAAUGUAAGUAAGGAGUAGUUGAGGCAUACAAAUUGAAAUAUUCCUUUCUUCAUUUUAAACGUUUUCUUGCCUCGCGCAUUAAUCUGCAUCUCGCAGUUUUCGUUUUUUAUUUAAAUCGAACUAUUCGCAUUCAAAAGCUUGAAUAUAUAUCGUAAAAUCGUUUUACAAUUUUAUACCGAUUGACUGUACGUACGUGCGCUGAAAGAUAAAAUGGGAGAAAGAAGGAUGCGAAGGGCGAUUAGUGUUUCUCUUUUUCAAGAGAGACUCCGGGUGAAACGCGCGUGUUUCGAGGUCCGGGCAACUCGAACUUUUUUCUUUCCAAGUACGAGCGAAACGUAAAAGGCGAUUGGAGCGCUCGUCGAAAUGGUGAUUGCGGGAGGCAUAGAGGCAGACAAUAAAUUCUGUUACUCUCUAAUCCGAUCCGAUCGACGAUAACGUUACGUUUAACGGCGAGCCCACCGCGUGUUACCGAAUGCGCGUUCGUUUCGAAAGGACGCCACAACAGCGACGGGAGUUCAGGUUGUCGCGAAUACGAGGGACCUUGAUGAUUUGAUAGAUACGAUUACCUGUACAUAUGACGCGUGACGUACGAUUAACGCAAACGUAUAUUACUUUCGCAGGCGAAAGCUGCGAUCGUUGGCAGAGCCGUUGAUUUUCUCGAACAGCCCGAAACGUGGGCGGUUUUACCGUGAAGAUGGUCCGAGUUAAAUUUUGGGGCGCAAUAAGUUGAAAUGGAGAAAGACGUAAUGUACCUGUCUUUGAACCUUCAGAGUUUGACUUGCGUUAUUUUCGGGAUAAAUCGUUCACGUCGCGUCUCCGAUAGAAUACUGCCAUGACGUGACGAAAAUACUCAUUUUUCGACUUGAGUGCAUUUAGUUAAGUUGUAAAAAACGAGUUUCAAUUAGUUACAAUGCAAAGAAAGUUCGACCUUUACAGCUUACUUUCACAAUUCUUUUAAAUAGCGUCUAGUUUUUCAUCAGUUGAACAAACUGUAGCGCUACUUUCCGGUCGCUUGGACUACGAAACUUAUGGUAGUCUUUUCUCGAUGGUGCAUCAUAGUUUUAUGAAGCGUACCAAGCGAGAGAGAGAGAGAGAGAGAGAAAGAGAGAGAGGCGGAGAGGGAAGACGUUUAUGUAAUCAACGUAAUAGAACAGAGGCGCUUCAACACGCGAAAUAUGCAAGCGAAGAGAUAGUCGUGCUUUUGACAAUAAUAUAUUUUCUUAACGCUUA